CAGGGCCGGGAACUCGCACCAGCCUAUGGGAGGGGUGUCCUGGGGCUGCCGGGAGAAAGCAGGUCGAGAAACCUGAGAGCUCAACCCCUCUGGGGGAGGGGCUCUGCGGGUCCGACCUGCCUGUGGGGGAGGAAGGUAUCGCUCGGCUUGGGGCCUGAUCGCAUCGAGGGACCGGGUUUCCCCAAGCUAGAGUGAACCCCUGCGACUCAGGACGGCCCCCUGGUCUCCGUGUCCUGACCAGAAGAGUUCCGGGAAAGCCGCGAGACUGGGCCGCCUAAGCCGGUCUGAGCCGGUGGUCGGGGGCGGAAUCAGGGUCCAGCCUCACUGGCUGCACCGCAUUGCGUCUUCCCGGCCGAGAUGGGGCUGAGGCGCCCCCUGUAGGCCGAGCGCGGGCACUGUACUGGCUGCUGGCUCGGGGACCUGGGCACCCUUGGGGACACAGGCAUCUGGGGACCGCCAGUGUUUACCUAAUUCGGGGUGGACGGCGAUGUGGCCCUAGGCCCGGCGGCCGCCUGCCCGCCCCUCAUCUUCACAGGUGGCACGACUAUGGCUACAAUGGUGCUUCCGCGGGAGGAGAAACUGACCCAGGAUGAGAUCGUGCUGGGCACCAAAGCUGUCAUCCAGGGACUAGAGACUCUGCGUGGGGAGCAUCGUGCCCUGCUCACUCCCCUGAACUCGCAUGAGGCCGGCGAGGCUGAGCCUGGUUCCCAGGAACGCUGCCUCCUCCUGCGACGCUCCCUGGAGGCCAUUGAGCUGGGGCUAGGGGAAGCCCAGGUGAUCCUAGCACUGUCAAGCCAUCUGGGUGCUGUGGAGUCAGAGAAGCAGAAGCUUCGGGCUCAGGUGCGGCGCCUGGUGCAGGAGAACCAGUGGCUGCGUGAGGAGCUGGCAGGGACGCAGCAGAAGCUGCAGCACAGUGAGCAGGCAGUGGCCCAGCUGGAAGAAGAGAAGCAGCACCUGCUGUUCAUGAGCCAGAUCCGAAAGCUGGAUGAGGACACUUCCCCUAACGAAGAGAAGGGAGAUGUCCCCAAAGACUCUCUAGAUGACCUGUUCCCCAAUGAGGAUGAGCAGAGCCCAGCCCCCAGCCCUGGAGGAGGCGAUGUGGCUGCCCAGCAUGGGGGUUAUGAAAUCCCAGCACGACUUCGUACCCUGCACAAUCUGGUGAUCCAGUAUGCCUCUCAGGGCCGCUAUGAGGUGGCUGUGCCACUCUGCAAGCAGGCACUGGAGGACUUGGAGAAGACAUCAGGCCAUGACCACCCUGACGUGGCCACCAUGCUGAACAUCUUGGCACUGGUCUAUCGGGACCAGAACAAGUACAAGGAAGCUGCGCACCUGCUCAAUGAUGCCCUGGCCAUCCGGGAGAAGACACUGGGCAAGGACCACCCAGCCGUAGCUGCAACACUAAACAAUCUGGCAGUUCUGUAUGGCAAGCGGGGCAAGUACAAGGAGGCUGAGCCACUGUGCAAGCGGGCACUGGAGAUCCGGGAGAAGGUCCUGGGCAAGUUUCACCCAGAUGUGGCCAAGCAGCUCAGCAACCUGGCCUUGCUGUGCCAGAACCAGGGCAAAGCCGAGGAGGUGGAAUACUACUACCGGCGGGCACUGGAGAUCUACGCCACACGCCUUGGGCCUGACGACCCCAAUGUGGCCAAGACCAAGAAUAACCUGGCUUCCUGCUACCUGAAACAAGGCAAGUACCAGGACGCAGAGAUCCUGUACAAGGAGAUCCUCACCCGGGCUCAUGAGAAGGAGUUUGGUUCUGUCAAUGGAGACAACAAGCCCAUCUGGAUGCAUGCAGAGGAACGGGAGGAAAGCAAGUUCUUGCCUCCCCAGGAUAAGCACCGGGACAGCGCCCCCUAUGGGGAAUAUGGCAGCUGGUACAAGGCUUGUAAGGUUGACAGCCCCACAGUCAACACUACCCUGCGCAGCCUGGGUGCCUUGUACCGGCGCCAGGGCAAGCUGGAAGCUGCACACACACUGGAGGACUGUGCCAGCCGAAGCCGAAAGCAGGGCCUGGACCCUGCAAGCCAGACCAAGGUAGUAGAGCUGCUGAAAGAUGGCAGUGGGAGGCGGGGAGGCUGCCGUGCCACCCGAGACUCGACUGGAGGUGCUGGGCCUCGGUCUGAAUCUGACCUAGAGGAGGCAGGACCUGCCGCUGAGUGGAGUGGGGAUGGCAGUGGCUCCUUGCGGCGCAGUGGCUCCUUUGGGAAACUCCGGGAUGCCCUGAGGCGCAGCAGUGAGAUGUUGGUGAAGAAGCUGCAGGGGGGCAGCCCACAGGAGCCACCUAACCCCAGGAUGAAGCGGGCCAGUUCCCUCAAUUUCCUCAACAAGAGCGUGGAAGAGCCAGCCCAGCCUGGAGGCACAGGUCUUUCUGACAGCCGCACACUCAGCUCCAGUUCCAUGGACCUCUCCAGACGAAGCUCCCUUGUGGGCUAAUCCUGAAGGGGCAGCCAGUCACCAGAGCUUCCAUCCAGCACAUCUUCUCCCCCCAGCCCUGCGCAUGGGCCUGCUGCUUGUCCUGCCUGUCUCUCCCAAGGACCCCUGUCUUUUCUGUUCAAUCUCAGGGUAACCUCCUCCCAUUUCAUCUCAGCCCGAGCCCUGGAGGCUGGGCCUGCCCUCUCCAGCUCUACCCUGUAUUUAUUCCUUCUAGCCGAGCCCCUCUUCCCUAGGUUCCAGCCAGAAGGAGGGGCUGGCUGGAGUCUCCAAGAGGAGAUGGCCGCCCGCCCUCCCCAGACUCCGGAGUCAAGAACACUAAGAACCUGCUGCCCUGCCACUACCCCUCCCCUCCCCCCCACCCGGCCGUUGCUUCUGUAUAUAAAGAAAUAAGUUAUUGGCCGCACCCCUCCCCUCAGUUCAAGGUACUACUUGGGCCUCCCCUCACCCCGCCCUUCUCCAGUGGUACCGCCCAGGCCUUAAUCUCCCCUAUUCCGCAUGGUGGUAUCUCCCAGGCUCCUAGUUCUCGGGAGCAGCGCCUACGGAAAUGGUUCCUUGUACCACCGGGGUUUUUUUGGUUUGUUUUUUGGGUUUUUUUGCGCUCCUGGCCUUUGAGGGAUGUGCUCCACCCCACCCCACCUCCAGCCCCUAGGGUCGCUAUCUCACCCACAGCCGGGCACUGCUCUGCAACCCGGCCUUAAUGCACUGCCCCUCCCGCCUGACCCCUGCCCGGGCACUGCCCCUCGAGCCAUCCUGCCGAGCCACCUCCCACCCACCCCCCGCAGCUUCUCGCGGGGGCUAGUCAGGGCCCCCCACUUGGUGGGGGGGAGUUCGAAGCGGUCGCUCUUUAUUUUCAGAUGUUGCUGUAGAAAUAAAGACGGUUUGAACCUGA